CAACCAGAAAUGUCGCCUAACCGUGUUUGCUUGCCACUUAGCCUGCUGCUUCUGCUCGGCUGUCUGGUGUCCUCGACCCGGGGCACCUGCAACGUCUGCAACACUGUCAACAACCUGACCUGCUAUUCCUCGACCCAGAUGCAGGCCUGCCAGGCGGACGUUCUGUCCACGGCCACACCCACCGAUUGCCCCAGCGGCUAUGUCUGCGUCAGCGGAUCGAGCGGAGUGCUCUGCGAACCGGAGGAUACAGCCGACAGUCAGGCGGACUGCCAGGAGUGCAACAAGUGCGAUGCCACCGAAACAUUUGCCUGCACCGGAACCCAGAGCUUUGCCCUCUGCCUGGGCACAGACACCGUCCAGAAUUCGGUGGGAACCUGUGCCUCCGGUUAUGUGUGCAACAUCAACGAUACCCAGAUAUGCGGUCUGCCAGCGGAUGGGGUGAUGCCGACCUGUUCGUACACGGAUGACACAACCACCAGCUCGACCAGCAGCACCACUAGCACCACAGCGGCGACACCUUCCACCAGCUCCGCAUCCUCUUACUGCGCGGCGGUUCAGUCGCAGGGAAAAUAUGCGGUUGGCUAUAUUGCGGAUACGACGUGUCACCAGUAUAUAUACUGCACCCUGGUCAGUGGCAGUUGGGUUGGUCAGACAUACACCUGUCCGGGUUCCAUGUACUUCGACAGUUCUUCCUCCAUGUGUGUAACCACAAUGCCAUCCACUUGCUCCACCACUGCGACUACCACUUCUACGACAACUGCGGCUCCCACGCCAAGCAAUCCCGCAGCAUAUUGCCAGGCCAUGCAGUCGGCGGGAUACUUCCCAGUAGGCACGGAUGCCAGCACUACUUGUCAUCAGUAUGUGAACUGUUUUCUGAACGGCGGCGUCUGGAGUGGCAAUAUGUACACCUGUCCCGGGGAUCUCUACUACGACAGUUCCGAAAGAACAUGCGUCUCCACCCUACCAUCCACAUGCUCCACCACCGUGGAGAGCAUAACCCUCAAUGGAGUGGUUCUGGAUUAAAAGAGGAAU